AUGGCCGCAGGACCCUCUGGGGCUGUGUCCCCCCCCAGGUCGACGUGGGUGCCCCGGGGGGACUACGUGGCCUCGAACACGGACGAGUGCACGGCCACGCUCAUGUUCGCCGUGAGCCUCAAGCAGGCGGGGACCGUCACCUUCGAGUACCUGUACCCCGACAGCAGCAUCGUCUUCGAGUUCUUCGUGCAGAAUGACCAGUGCCAGCCCACGGUGGAGGAAUCCCGGUGGAUGAGAACGACGGAGAAGGGCUGGGAAUUCCACAGCGUGGAGCUGAGCCGCGGGAACAACGUGCUGUACUGGCGAACCACCGCCUUCUCCGUGUGGUCCAAGGCGCCCAAACCGGUGCUGGUGAGGAACAUCGGCAUCACAGGGGUCGCGUUCACCUCCGAGUGCUUCCCCUGCAAGCCCGGCACGUUCGCCCCCGCGCCCGGCGCCGCCUCCUGCCAGCCCUGCCCCGCCAACACCUUCUCCGGGAAAGGGGCCACCGCCUGCCAGCCCUGCGAGCCCGACUCCUACGCCGCAUACGAGAAGACAAAUGACAACCCAGCUUCAAGGCCCUGCUAUCCCAGUACAAUCAGCUCCACAACGCUCAGCUCUAAUGAUUGCACACGAGUUACGUACACCUGCUCCAUCCAGCAGGACUGUACAGCCAUCGGCUCGACUGUCUAA